CCCUCCCACUUCAACUGUCGGAGGAGUUUGACCAGAACAAACUGUGAAAUCUCAGUUCAUGAUGACGCAGGGUUCCCCCGGGUCCUUGAAAUCCUUUAAAGUUUGUGAAUCAAUGUCUUUAAGGCUUUUUGUUUAUAGAUAUAAACAAACAUUAUCCAUUGAAAGUGCAUAGAUUUCCGUAUUUCCUGCAAGAAUAUAAGUUACUUUGCUAUUUUUUUCUAAAUUGUUGUCUGCGAGCCUCUGUAAAGCCUGUUUGUUCUCAUUAUAAUAUUUCUCAGUGAUGUAACAGUAAUUGAGCCUGAUCCUUAUCUCAAACCAUUAACACCUUUUAGGCAAUUUGGCCUGGAAGUCAUUGAAUUUCAUCUUUAAUAAGGUGUCACAAGCAUGACAGAAUAAAUUAUAGACACAUAAUCCUCUGAUUUGAAAGGAUAAUUGUGCAGAUUGAGUUUUAUCUCUUCUUAUUUAACAGUUUGUCAUGAGCACACUGUGCUUUAUAGCAGAGACAUAACUGUGAAGUAAGUCUUAACACAAAUGACAAUAAAAAGUAUGUCAUGUGCUCACAAACCAAUGUCAAAACAGUGAAUGAAUGAUCCAAAUUUGAUAGAAAAGUAGUUUUGUGGAUAAUUAAUUCCCUGGUAAAAACAUUAGCAGCAGCAGCAUCUGGCACACAGCAGCUUAAUUAAAUUUCAUGUUCGUGACUAGAAUAUAUUUGCUCAAUUUAUGGUAUUCAAGCAUUUUAAAUUCAUGACUUGGUUACAAUACAAAAAAUCAGCAUGAACGAAUGAGAGGACUGGUCUUAAUUAAAUCUUGUGUAUAAAGUUAAAACUGGCUUUGAUAUUCCACUACUAUAUUACUAUAUAUUCCACUAUAUUCCACUACUAUGUGUUUAAAUUAGUUGACCAGCUCAAAUAUUUGCUGGAUGAAUCUGCAAACCCUGUCCGUGACUCUGUGCUCCUCAAUGACAGAGGCUCAGGUCAAAAGCUUCCUUCACUCGCCUGCCCUGCCAAGCACAAUAAAUAAUGUGGCAGGCUGAGGCCUUUUGUGUCCACACAGAUUCCUUCUUUUGCCCGGGGUAGGCGGAAAUCGAGGCGUUUGAUCUGAAUUCUAAAGAGUCUUGUUGCAGCCCAAUAAAGGCCGCCAUUGUAUGUAAAUAGUUUAUAUAAGAGCAUAUGACUGCUACGGUGCAGGGCAGUGGCUAGUGGCGGAGGAAUGAUUAGCAUUUUCCAAACGCAUGGUGUUCUCAAUCCAGCCUUUUGGCUUGCUAAAAAGCACAAUAUUUUAAUUCAUUUCUUCCCGAUUUGUACACAUUUUUGUGUACCACCACAGCUGAAGGUAAAAUACACGUUCUAUUGUUUGAUUCUGUCUUAUACUAACACUCAGUGUGCAGUGAGGUCAGACUUUAUGUGACUGAUGACUGACAUGCCCCAUUGCCUCGACUUGACAAAUACAUACGAUGCUGUUGAAAUACUCAAGACCCUUUUUUAUGGUCGAAAUAUUUGGAUGAAUCAGCUUUUAGAGAGCGUAAUGAUUUUUCUCAGGCUAAUCUGGUCUGUUGCCUUUCGUACAAACAAUAGAGGGCUCUCAGUCAUCUUAAAAAAAAGAAAAUCUCAUAAUGAGAUGGAUGUCUUGCUGGUUACUUGGAGAAAUGCGUUGGCAGUCUGUCAGUCUGUCUGCAACUGGGCUGUAGGUCAGUUUGGGAGUACAGUAUUAAUACAGGGUGAGCCAAUCACGUGGCUCUGCGAAUGUUUCGCAAUUGGUCUCGUCCCGUUGCGUCUUGUGACGGUGCGCGACGGUAGGCCAUCACCCCUGCUUUUUAUACGGCCAGCGGGCUACUUGGCAAUUCUUUUCUGUUGUUCCUUGCUCUGCCAAAUCCAGCUUGAUGCUCAGGCCACACCUCAAGAUGGUCUUCUUUGGACCCGGCGCUGCUUACGCCGCUUGCACCGCCGGCUGAGCCUGACCUGGAGUCGAAAAUGAACUGGGGGUCCUUUUAUGCCGUGAUCAGCGGCGUAAACAGGCACUCUACUGGCAUUGGACGCGUUUGGCUGUCAGUUAUCUUCAUCUUCCGUAUCCUGGUCCUGGUGGUUGCUGCAGAGAGUGUCUGGGGAGAUGAGAAGUCCGGCUUCACCUGCAACACCCAACAGCCAGGAUGCAACAGCGUCUGCUACGACCAGUUCUUCCCCAUCUCACACAUUCGCCUGUGGGCACUCCAGCUAAUCCUGGUGUCCACCCCCGCCCUGCUGGUGGCCAUGCAUGUGGCCCACCGGCGCCACAUCGACAAGAAGAUCCUGAAGAGGGCGGGCCGCAGCAGCCCCAAGGAGCUGGAGCACAUCAAGAACCAGAAGUUUCAGAUCACCGGAGCUCUGUGGUGGACUUACAUGAUCAGUAUCAUCUUCAGAAUCAUCUUCGAGGUGGCUUUUCUCUACAUCUUCUACUUGAUCUAUCCUGACUUUAAGAUGGUGCGUUUGGUAAAGUGUGACUCGUACCCAUGCCCCAACACAGUGGACUGUUUCGUGUCCAGACCGACUGAAAAGACCAUAUUCACCGUGUUCAUGCUGGCAGUGUCUGGGGUGUGUGUGCUGCUUAACCUGGCCGAGGUGGUGUACCUCAUAGGCAGGGCCUGCCAGCGGUGCUUGCGAGGCUCUGACGAAGAGUCCAAAGCAGCUUGGAUCAGUCAAAGAUUGUCUUCUUACAGGCAAAAUGAAAUCAAUCAGCUGAUAGCAGACCAUUCGCUCAAGUCUAAGUUCGCUGUGACCAAAAAGAGCCCGACUGAGAAGGGUGAAAGGUGUUCUGCUUUCUGAGACUGCCCUGCUCCCUUUACACUAAUCAUCAGUAAUCACACUUGACGGAGCACAUUGCUCUUUAAUGUCACAUGAUAAACUGUAAACUUGAUCAUUGUUGGCAUUUAGACCGUUUAUUUAUCUUUCAUUUUGUCAACUGCUUAUUGAUUCAUCUUUUAUUGUCUUUAUCAGUUUAACUGACACAAGUAGAUGCUGCUGUUGCAACUUUUCUAAACUAUUCGGAGCCAGUCGUGAACGUUAAAGGACCAUAGCAGUGUUUUUGCAUGUGUGUGCAUAAGAUUUACAUAUAGAAAUGUAUAAAUCCCGAAGGAAAAUUCUUGUGCCAGAUAUUAUAUUAACAUAAGAAAAAAAAAACUUCAAACAAAAAUACUCGAGUCUAAAGGGAGUACAGUAUUGAGCUGUUAUGAAAGUUUGUUGACAUAUGACAUCGGUGUCAGCAGUUUAUCAAAGCUUGAUGAUCAGUGAAAAUGGUGCCUAACGGGCAAAUCUGAAAAUACCAAGCUGAUUUGAAAAAAAAAAAGAAAGGUCACAUUAACACAUAUGAUUUCACAUUCUAGAGGUUUCUGUGUAGGAACAAAUCAAAUGUCAGUUAGUCCCCAGCACCUAAGUGCACCAACAAGCAGAUGAAAGUCACAUUUGAGCUGCUUUAUUGUGCAACAGUAAUGUAGCUUUGACACAAACAGGGAUGGUUCAGGGUGCCCUGGUAGCUCGGAGGGUAGAGUUCAUACAGAGGCUGUGUCAUUGCCACAGCGGCCCAGGGUUUUGAAUUCAACCUGUGGCCCAUUGCUGCAUGUCAUUCCCCUCCCUCCCUUCUUUCCCUGUCAUCUCUUUAAACUGAAUAAAGCCAUAAAAUGGCCAAGUAGAAAAAAAAAGGAAUGGGUCACCUAUUGAAGAGUGUUCAAUGAAUACUUAACAAAUAGAUUUGUAUGAUAGCAAAUAAGGGAAACAGGCAGCUGCUGAGAUCACACAAAAACAUUUUGAAUCACUGGUAAGGCCCCUUUUAAAUAUAUAAAGAUUGCCGUAGAGAUUGAAAUGCUGGAUAGAAAGUGAACUUUAUUUACAUCAAAAGUAUUGUUCAUGAGUACCAUAUUUAAUUCCAGUAUGAGUCACAGCCAGGUAAUGAAGGAGAAGCUAAUUAAUGGGAGUAAAAGCCAUUAAAUGUCAGUAACAGCCCUUUAAGCCAAUAAUGGUAUGCUUCGGUUUUAUCAGACACUUUUAGUUAUUUGAUUUUGUUUAACUUUGUGCCGACGGCUACGAUGAUUACGUAACUUGGCAAACUGCUUUGGAAAUACAGUUGGUGCUAGAAAAAAUACAUGAAAAUACAUGAUUGAAAAAUAAAAUUUAAUAGCAUUAUAUCCGCACUACUACUAUCAAUAACAUUUGUUAUCUUGACAGAGUCGUCAGGGCGACUGUGUGUCAUUUCAGUAAACCUUCGAAACCUCCAAAAACUGGUGCAGAUAUCACACGAUAUUCAAUGGAUGAAUCUGGCAAAAUUACAAUAAUUAAUCUGUACUUGUGUCACUUGUCUGCUGUGUCGCUUUUCGAGUAUUGCAGAUCUUAGUACUGUACAUAUGUCUUUGGAUUUGUAUAUCUUUGAAUUCAAUUGUGAAUACCGCCUACUGACUUCACUGUGGCUUCUGUUUGAAGUGCUGUUUUCUUUUCCUUUUCUGAAAAAAUGUUUGAGGUUGACCUACUUUUUAACGGAGACCCAUCGCUGUCUGACUGUUACACUUGCUUUCCCCCUUAACAUUACCCUCCGAAGCGUAUUAUUCAGUAUCUCUGUGGUCCGGGAAUUCGCUGGUAUCUGUUUCUACAACUGUUGUAUCAUACUGUAGUGCAUACAAAAACCCUGAUGUUGACCUUUAUGCCUAAAUGUACAUAUUUAUCAAUUCACAUCCGGGUAAACAAUCCAGUUAAUACUGUAUAUAAUAUGGGUUGAAACUAUAUGUGUACAUUAUGUAAUAUAAAAUAAACUUGCUGAUAAUUUGAAAACAUU